AUGCCCCAAGCCUUACGCGAGCUUUCCUGCAACCAGCGACACGAUGUGAUCCGACACCUACACCAGUUCAUUAAAGGUGGAUGGUUGACCCACGGCGCUUUUGCCAAAACUGCAAGAGAACUCGACGUCAGUGCGCGCGUGGUCUCCGCUAUCUGGCGCACAUUCCGCGGCAGUGGAAAGAUCGAAUCCAACAAGGCAGGCAACGUUGGUCGGCCUAAGCGCUACACGGUUCAAGACAUCCAGCAGCGCGUGGGCGCUGUACCGUUCGAACAGCGCUCCACAAUGCGUGACAUUUCGGUCGCUACGGGCAUCCCUGUCGGAACGUUGAGUCGGCACCUAAAGAAGGGGACCUUUCGCCGCCGCUCCACACGCAUCAAACCCCUUUUGUCCGAUGCCAACAAGCAAGAACGCGUCCAAUUUUGCCGCUGGUUCAAUGCGGACAAGGACCGCCGAACCAUGUACCUGUUGGCAAACGAGGCACCUCCAUGCCGAUCGUGGAAGAGCAAGAGGUUCAUACCGAAGGUGAUGUUCCUGGCCGCCGUUGCCCGCCCACGCUUCGACGAAGGACGCGGCGUCUUGUUCGAUGGCAAGAUUGGAAUGUGGCCCUUCGUCGACUUGGUUCCUGCUGUCCGUUCGUCACGAAAUCGCCCUGCUGGGACUUUGGUCACAACGUUGGUCAACGUCAACGCCAAUGUUUAUCGAGACUCCAACAUGCACGAUAUUGUGCACGUUGAUGAAAAGUGGUUCUAUUUGACGAGGGUCAAGAAGAAAUUCUACGUCUACGACGACGAGGAAGUGGCGGCGCGCUCGGUGAAGUCCAAGAAUUUCAUCACCAAAGUCAUAUUCCUUGCUGCCGUCGCUCGUCCGCGAUAUGAUCCAGCGAUAAAGAAAGACUUCGACGGCAAGAUUGGAAUUUGGCCGUUUGUGGAGAUCGUCGCAGCCAAGCGCAAGAGAAUCAACCGAGAGAAAAGAACUCCCGUGACGGUCCCCCAGAAUGUGAACGGUGGCGUCUACAAGGAGUUUAUGCUACAAAAGGUGGUUCCUGCUGUCUUGGCCCGAUUCCCUGUUGGGGAAUUACGAAGAGGUGUUCGCAUCUAG